AUGAAUUCUUCUGUCUGUUUUUUUCUUCAAGCAAUGUCUACCAAAGCCCCAUCUAUAUCUAGCGAGGAACAAUCAGUAGCUGUGAAACCGUACGAAGGGAUUUCCGGUGAACAGUUCAUCCAAGACACUAGUGAAAAUGAAAUUUUACAAAUUGAAUCUAAUGUCGAAGCAUCAAGAGCAUUGUCGAGAAUAAUAUCAGAUAGUGACGCUGUUUUAGAACGUUCGCUAUCUUCAAACGAGCCACUUCCUCCGAUGGGUGGUGGUAGAACUUAUCCCCCAUUAUUAGGAUCCCGUGACCCAUAUGUCGUUACAUUCGAUGGUCCCGAUGAUCCUGGGUUCCCACAGAACUUUCCAUUUUGGAAGAAAAUUGUCUACAGUCUAGGACCUCUCUUUACAUCUUUGUCAGUUUCGCUUGGGUCAGCAAUGUUUUCACAGGCCAGUCCCGAGAUAAUGGAGAUUUAUCACAUUGGAGUAACGCCAGUGGCGUUGACUACAGCGUUGUUUGUGUUUGGAUUUGCUACUGGCCCGGUCAUUUAUGGUCCUUUAUCGGAAUUGUUUGGAAGAAAAAUCAUUAUGGUGAUAUCCAGCUUUUUGUAUGUGUGCUUUUCGUUUGCUGUUGCUACCGCCAAAGAUAUUCAAACAAUUAUGAUUUGCCGGUUUUUCUCUGGGUUUGUUGGGUCUGCAGCGUUUGUUGUAUCUCCUGCCAUUUUCUCAGAUUUGUUUCUGACCAAACAAAGAGGUACUGCUAUUUCGACAUUUGCAGGGGUGCUUUUUGGGGGUCCCAUGCUUGCGCCGAUAUUUGGUGGUUUCACGGUCAAGAAUUCUAGCUUGGGCUGGCGAUGGACAGUUUACUUUUGUGGCAUAGUUGCUGCUUUGGGGUUGGUGUUGAAUGUGUUUUUACUCGAGGAGACACACCAUCCAAUAAUUCUUGCCAAACGUGCUGAAGAGUUGAGAAGGAGAACCGGCAAUUGGGGUAUAUAUGCGUUACACGAGGAAGUGACAUUAAGUCUAAGAGAAAUCUUCCAGAACAACAUAGCUCGUCCUCUCACAAUGCUAUUCACCGAAUCGAUUUUGUUCUUGGUGAGUAUUUACAAUGGAUUCAUUUACGCGAUGUUGUACUGUUUAUUGACAGCCAUGCCUUUGAUUUUCCAAGAAGGGUAUGGGUUUAGAAGAGGGGUGGCUGAGUUGCCCUAUUUGGCCAUGCUCUUGGGUGUUUUUAUUGGAAUAGCAGCACUCAUCUUAUUCGAACAGAGAUAUCUCAAAGCAAUGCAAAGAAACAACGGCAAGCCCAUUCCAGAAGAAAGAUUACCUCCGGUUUUCGUUGGCGGGAUAUUUUUUAUUAUUGGUAUUGUGAUACUAACAGUUGCUGGUGACUUUCCUGAAAAAGUUCAUUUUAUGGUACCCACCGUUGGUGCAGGGUUUGUUGGGUUUGCCCUAAUGUUGAUUUUUUUGCCGACCAUGAACUAUGUGAUUGAUUGUUACUUGUUUGUUGCUGCUUCGGCAUUGGCCGCCAAUACAUUCUUAAGGUCGGCCAUGGCUGCAGUGUUCCCGUUGUUUUCACAUCAAAUGUUUGUUAAUUUGACUAAUAAGUAUGCUGGCACAAUUUUGGCUGGUCUUGGAGUGUUGCUUUUGCCUGUACCAAUUGCAUUCCGUGUAUAUGGUAAACGAAUUCGUGAAAAUUCAAAGUAUGCAUAUAAGUAG